AUGCUUCUCAGACUCCGAGGGCCCGAUGGCAUGAGCCGCCUGACCAUCGACAAGGACGAGACCUUCGGCGAGCUUGGACGUCAGCUGCUUCCGAACCUUCCAAAGACGGUCGACCCCAGCACCAUCACUCUUUCUAACGCCCCCACCGGCGGCGAUGCUAAGAAGCUCGUUGAUAUUACGAACUUCAAGAUUGGACAGAUUGGACUGAAGCACGGCGACCUCAUCUUCAUCAACUACCAGCACCAGGACAGUCUCUCAAAUGGCGCCACCAAUGGCGCCCAGCCAACGUCCCAUCCACUCGCGUCCUCGAACCGUCUCAACGGAAAGCCCAUCCUCCCCACCGAAGACCUCCCGAUCGAUCCUCCUCCAGUGACUUCACCCUCCGAAAAGAUCAAAAACCCCUGGGAAGUCGUUAAGCAGCACCCUCUCGACGACCGCUUGGACAAGAAGGAUGGCAAGAUUCCGAGAAAGCGCGACAAGAUGUGCCGCCACGGCGAGAAGGGCAUGUGUGAUUACUGCAUGCCCUUGGACCCAUUCAACGCCAAGUAUCUGGAGGAGAAGAAGAUCAAGUACUUGUCAUUCCACUCGCACCUACGAAAGAUCAACUCCGCCACGAACAAACCCGAGCUGGGUAGCUCCUUCAUUCCUCCUCUGGUGGAGCCAUACUUCAGAGUAAAGCGCGACUGUCCAUCCGGCCAUCCGCUGUGGCCCGAGGGCAUCUGCACCAAGUGCCAGCCUAGCGCCAUUACUCUUCAACCCCAGCCAUUCCGCAUGGUCGAUCACGUCGAGUUUUCGUCGCCCAACAUCAUCGAUAGUUUCAUUGACGCUUGGAGAAAGACAGGAGGCCAGCGACUGGGUUACAUGUACGGCAGGUAUACCGAGUACGAAGUCGUGCCACUUGGUAUCAAGGCAGUUGUGGAGGCCAUCUACGAGCCACCUCAAGUGGACGAACUUGACGGAAUCUCCCUAAACGGCUGGGAAAAUCAGAAGGAUAUUGACGAUGUCGCAAGACUGUGCGGUCUGCAAAAGAUUGGCGUCAUUUGGACAGACCUUCUGGAUGCGGGCGCUGGUGACGGAUCGGUGGUGUGCAAGAGGCACGCGGAUUCUUACUUCUUGUCUUCCCAAGAAAUCUGUUUCAUUUCACGUUUGCAGGCCCAGCACCCGAAGCCCACCAAGUGGAGCGACAGCGGCAGAUUCGGUUCUAACUUCGUCACCUGCAUCAUUUCGGGCAACGAGUCGGGCGAGAUUUCCAUUUCUUCGUAUCAAGCGUCCAACGACGCCGUUGAGAUGGUGCGCGCCGACAUUAUUGAGCCCUCGGCCGAUCCCAACGUUAUGCUUGUUCGCGAAGAGGAAGAGGAUGAUGGAUCCGUCAGUCGCACAAGAUACAUUCCGGAGGUCUUCUAUCGCAGAAUCAACGAGUACGGAGCCAAUGUCCAGGAGAACGCCAAGCCGUCUUUCCCGGUUGAGUAUCUCUUUGUGACACUGACGCACGGCUUUCCGGAUGAGUCCAAGCCGACCUUCACACAGCUCGGUUUCCCUAUCGAGAACCGUGAGUACAUGGGUGAGAGCCAGGAACACUCAGCAGUCGCCAGAAUCCUCAAGUUUUCGGGAGGUCAGAAGCCAGCUGAAGGUGGCCUUGAAAUGUCCAACUUUCAUCUACUGUGCUUCAUCCACCAGAUGGAUAUCUUGUCAAAGGAUGAAGAGUCACUACUCUGCCGAGUUGCGUCGCAGCACGAUCUUGCCGACACAUAUCAGCUACGAUCUACCCCUGGCUGGCAGACUUUGCAGGCGAUUCUGCAAUCGACUGGUGAGCGAAUCCCCAAGCGCCCACGGGAGUCCGGGGGCCAUUCCAAUUCCAAUUCAAUUGAUGCUACUGCUUAUCCGCGACCCCCUGGUACCACGGAAGAACCGCUGGCUAAACGAUUUGCUGCCUUCAGGCUGAACGAGCGCCGCCCACCGGGGUAA